CUCUCUUCCUCGCAAUUUAACGGGAAAGCCGCUCACAAAAUACUCCCCACAUCACCAAAGCCCCAAGCAACAUAAGCAAGUCUUCUUCUGAUCCAGUGCUCCAUUCCGAUCCCAUUAUCAUCAUCAUCAUGGCUCAGCCAAUUCCAGCUCCAGCUCCAACUGUCGCACAGUUUGCCAACCCUCUUCCCGUCAUCUGCACUCAGUACUGUGCACCUUAUGCCGUUGAUCUUGCGGUUGUCAAAAAAGUCAUGACCAUAUCCGGUGGUAACUUUGUUGUCACAGACAACAACGACAACGUCAUUUUUAAUGUGAAAGGAAACUUAAUGACCCUUCACGAUGCUCGUGUUCUGCUUGACGCUGCUGGAAAUCCUAUUGUCACGCUUCGAGAGAAGAGAAUGACUGCACAUCACAGAUGGAAUGUGUAUAGGGGCGAAAGCAAAGAGCCCAGUGAUUUGAUUUUUACUGUUAAGCGAUCUUCAACGAUUCAACGAAGGGCAAAGUUACAUGUGUUCUUGGCAAAUAACACAAACGAAGAGGUAUGCGACUUCAUGGUUGAAGGGAGUUGGGCUGAAAAAUCUUGUGUCGUUUAUACCGGAGAUCGUACCAAUAUAAUUGCCCAGAUGUGUAAGAAGACCACCGUUCGAAGUGUUCUGGUCGGGAAAGACAAUUACUCGGUAACUGUUCAUCCUAACGUUGAUUAUGCAUUCAUAGUCGCGCUUAUUGUGAUUCUAGACGACAUGAACCACAUAACCGACAUGGAUGGACUGUUCUUCAAUUUAGCCAUGAGCAAGGCUGAACUACCGUCGUCAGUUAAUGUACCAGGAAAAUAAAUAUUAAUGCAAGUGUGUUUAAAUAUACAUUAGCUGAGUAAUAAUGAUGGAUAGACAGAGUGUUUACAUAAAUAAUGAGCUAGUUUGUAGUUUGUACUAGGUAGUUGAAUGUGCAUCCAGUUUGGACCAAGUACUCGAUAUUAAAGUUAAUAACUGAUGAUCAUGAGUUUGUUGUUGUUUGCUUGACUAUAUACUACAAAGAGACUGAGGUCUCGUUUGGUUAUGUAAUUCAAAUAAGAUAAGUGAGAUGUAUUGUUGAAAGUUGAAUAAAAUAUUAUUAUAAUAUAA